AUGGGAAUUCUGAGGAUACUCGAUGGAAUUAUUGAGGAGAUCCACUCUCUUUUAGCUCGUUUCUGGUGGGGGACUACGGGAGCAACAAGAAAGUUACAUUGGCAGAAAUGGGAUGACUUAUGUAAACCAAAGAGUAUGGGUGGUCUAGGCUUUCGUGAUCUCCGUUGUUUCAAUCAAGCUCUCCUGGCAAAACAGAUUUGGCGACUUCACCAUAACCAAGGUUCCCUCGUGCAUUCUAUUUUAAAAGCAAAAUAUUUUAAACAUUGUGAUGUGCUUGAAGCCUAUCGGGGUUAUGAUCCGAGUUAUACGUGGAGAAGCAUAUGGGGUGCUAAAUCUUUGCUUCUUGAGGGGUUGAAGUGGAGAGUGGGAAAUGGAACUGAUAUCCCGGUUUGGGAUUGUGCGUGGUUGCCAGGGAACUCUUCGAUAUGUGUACCUUCCCUAUUGGAUAGAAGUGAUAUGAGCUUGCGAGUCUGUGACUUGAUUGAUCAUGAAUCAAUGUCGUGGCGAGAGGAGGUAAUUCGCAAUAACUUUAAUGUUAUUGAGCAAACUUAA